CUUGCUCACAUGCCUAGGAAAAGGGUUUGGAGACUGUGUUGAACAGUGCCACUUUGUGACACCUGCCAGGUUUUGUUAUGAACUUUAUUUUCCUCUUUCCUGGGAACUGCCUUGAAAUGACCCUCACAGAGUUAACAGUAACUUUCCCAAAACAGUGAAAGGAAUUGCUUUAAAGUAUUUAUGCUUCUAGCUUCCAAAUUUAAGCCAAGGUCCUUCUAGGAGCUGACAAAUGCACAUGAAUGUCUUCCUAGCUGCUAACUGUACACCAGAAUAGUAAUUACACCUGUAAUAAUAGGUCAUGCUUGUGUUAAAUCUUUCUUAGCUGACCAUUUAAUGGCACACAUUUUUAAAAAGUGGCCUCAGUGAUAGCCUCCGUUUUUUAGGAACCCAGCUUGACACCUUGGGCAGCCGCAGUUCCCAUUGGGUCCAGCACCUCUUAAGACCCAUAACCGUCUCACCGUGGGCACAUGACAUGUGAGAAGGAUUACUUAUUGACAGCUCCAAUGUGAGCUCUCAGAUGGAACAAGGGGAAGAGUUGUGGGUCCCAGAUCUCCAGGGCUGUGAGGAACAGGAGAUUUCAGGGCUUGACUCCUGUCUGGAUUCUCUCUCUGUUCCAGCAGGUGACGAGACAGUGAGUGAGAAGCAGGAAGGUCCUGAGCAAGUGGAACCACCUGGGAUGUUAUUGGGAAGAGCUGAAAGGGAUGUUUCCCAGAGUCAUGAGCAGGGAGAAGCCUGUGAGAGUCAGUGCAGGCUGGAGAAGCAUCAGAAAAACCAGCAAGGGAAGGGAGAGAGAAAACCCACUUGCUGUGGGGAAGGACUCAAGAAACCAAAAGACAUCUCAGCCUGUCUGAGAGAAAGGAAAGGAGGUGAAAAUGGAGAUACACACACGGUGUCUGGGAAGAGCUGUAGACAGAGCUCAGAACUUAGUGUUCAGCAGACAAUCCACCCUGGAGAGAGGCCCAAUAAAUGCCCUGACUGUGAGAAAAGCUUUAGCCAGAAAUCAGCCCUUGUUAGACACCAAAGGCUGCACACAGGAGAGAAGCCCUACAAAUGCAGUGACUGUGGGAAGAGCUUCAGCGUGAGCUCACAGCUGAUCACCCACCAGAGACUGCACACAGGAAAGAGACCCUACAAGUGCCUGGACUGUGGGAAAAGCUUCAGCGAGAGCUCAAACUUUAUUCAUCAUCAGAGAAUCCACACAGGAGAGAGACCCCAUAAAUGCCCCGACUGUGGGAAAUGCUUCAGUAACAACUCAGACCUCAUGAGGCACCGCCGGACCCACACAGGAGAGAGGCCUUACGAGUGCCCGGACUGCAGGAAGAGCUUCAGUGUGAGGUCCCAUUUAGCAAGACACAAGCACCUGCAUGCAAAGGAGGAGGAGCUGGAAAGCUCCUCCCUUCUCGCACAUCAGAGAUUUCCGUUGGACGAGAAACUCUGCACAUGCCCUGACUGCGGGAGAAGGUUCAGGGACAGCAGAGGCCUCGUCACACAUCAGAGAAUCCACAAAGGGCAGAAAUGCUACCAGUGCUCCAACUGCAGGAAAAGCUUCGGGGUGAGCUCAGCCCUUUCUGAGCAUCAGAGAAUCCACGCAGACGAGAAACCCACUCUCUGUCCGGAUUGUGGGAAAUGCUUUCGUCAGAGCUCAGAGCUGCUCCUCCACCAGAUUAGCCAUGCAGGGGGAAAGCCAUACACAUGUGAGGAGUGUGGUAAAUGCUUCGUUCAGAGAUCAAAUCUCCGGGCGCACCUCAAACAUCACACAGCUGAGAAGCCCCAUAAAUGCACCCACUGUGGGAAGAGCUUUGUCAAGCGCUCCAUCCUGGCCAGGCACCAGAUCACCCACAUGGACCUGAAACCGUUUAAAUGCUCCGUGUGCAGCAAAAGCUUCACUCAGCUCUCCAGCCUCACGAGGCAUGAGAGGGUCCAUGAGGCAGAGAUGCUCUCCAAGCCCCCUGACUGGAUGGCAGAAAUGAACCAUACGUUCAUCGAUUCCAGCGGGCGGGCGUGGAACUGGGCUCAAGAGUACCCGGCUGCCCAGCUGUGGGGUGAGGAGGCAGCCAUAAUCAGCCCCAAACUGAUCAGUGACCCUCGGCCUGUGCCUGGUCUGGCAAACCCCAGGCAGAGCAGGGGAGACCUCAGCCAGCCCCUUUUAAGUGCUGCUGAACUCGCUGCUGAGCUACCGAGCUCUUCUGCCUCCUGCCAGGACCGUGCAGGGAGGGAGAACAUCUCUAUCUCCCUGGAUUGAAAGAUCCCCCGUCCCCUUAACCGCUACCUCAGGCCGCCAGCCUCAGGAGCAGCACUAGAGGAGGGCAUUACAGCUAGGAUUUCCCGAGAUACCCAGGAAGCAGGAUUGGGGGUGGUGGGAAGCAGAUUGGGGCAGCUGGCUGCUAGGGGUAUUAAGUGUCUGGGGACUAGGGGUUAAGGAAUCAUAGAAUACCAGGAUUAGAAGGGACCUCAGGAUGUCAUCUAGUCCAAUCCCCUGCUCAAAGCAGGGGGAGAAUGGCCAGGCUUAGGAUGCUCCAUUCCCCUCAGUUGGAGUCUCAACAUCUCUGAAAGCCAAUCCUGAUACUUUUAAUGACCACCAUUAGUCACUUGUGCCAUCACUUCCUGGUAAAAUCUGCUGCUUUUUUUUCACCCUUUGGGCAUCUUCCCCACCCUUCUUUCCAGGUGUCCCUCCCCUGCCUCUGUUUUUCUCCUCCUGUCUUCCCGCAGCAUGUCCUCUGCUGCAGCAGUUCACGCAGCCAUUACUCCCUUUCCUCCCAUCCCCUCUGCUACAAGGACUAGCAAUGACACAGUCAGGCUGGCAUGUAUAGUGCCAUAGGGAUUCAGUAGAAACCCCACCGCAAGAGGAAAGGGAGCAGGGCUUUCUGCAGACACCACUGAACCAGACUCACCUUGCAUUUGGAAGGUUCCCUUCCCUAACAAAUGAAAGCUUAGAUUCUGCAGAAUCUGGACAUGCCAGAGGGCGCACACAAAUACUUUUGGCAGCUGGAUGUUUGAUACUCCUCUCUUACAUACAAUGAUUACGGUCUGUAUGGAAAUGCUUAAGGUGACAGACAGAGGCAGGGGCAGCUCUAGACAUUUCGUCACCCCAAGCAUGGCAUCAUGCCGUGGGGGGCGCUCUGCUGCUCGGCGGUCCCGUGGCUCCGGUGGACCUCCCGCAGGUGUGCCUGCGGAGGGUCUGCUGGUCCCACGGCUCUGGUGGACCUCCCUCAGGCGUGCCCUUCGCAGAUAUGCCACCGAAGGCACCCUGCCUGCCACCCUCCCGGCGACCGGCAAAGCGCCCCCCGAAGCAUGCCGCUCCAAGCACGCACUUGGCGUGCUGGGGCCUGGAGCCGUCCCUGGAUACAGGGAUGUGUGUGAAGAAAAUAGAUAAAUAGAAAAAAGACUGUCCCAGGGACCAAUAAAAGAUCAUUCUCUCUUGAAUAUUUUCUAGAGUUUGUUGAAAGGAUUGGACAGGGCCGGCUCUAUGUUUUUUGCCACCCCAAGCACGGCAGUCAGGCAGCCUUCAGCGGCCCUGCGGGCAGUUCGCUGGUCACUUGGAUUCGGUGGCGUUUCUCUGGGUAAUCUGCUGGUACCGCAUCUUUGGCGUACCCACCACAAAAUUGCUGCCAAAGGACCAGGGGACCUCCUGCAGGUAAGCCGCCGAAGCCUGCCUGACUGCCGCCCUCAUGGCGACCAGCACGCCGCCCCCACUGGCUUGCUGCCCCAGGCACGCGCUUGCUGUCCUGGUACCUGGAGCCGCCCCUAAUUGGACUCCAAGUAUAAUUUUACACCGUUAAAGAAGACCCAAGUAUCUUGCAGUGUAUUGUGAAAAGGAUUUUUUCAAUAAAAUUGAAGGGGGAAAUGGUUGGAAAGUUACUUGAGUUAAUCCAAUAGCAGGAACCUUUUUGUAGUUGAUGGGUAUCUCUGUUUCGUACUUUUUUAUUUUAAACUGCAGGCUCUUGUGGUUUGAGAAAGCUCCCAAGGGAAACUUUAUAAAUCAAAAUAAAAUAAUUGUAUGAUGGCUGAAGUGCUGGCACAGCUCCUUAGGGACUUAUCAAGGAAAGGUAGGGGUGUGUGUGUAUGUGUAAGUAUGCAUGCAUACAUGUACACAAAAAAUACAUAUUUGAGAUGGAAAAGUAACUGAAACUACAGUAAAAGCUUUAUUAUCUGGCAUGUUGGGGGAAUGGGGGUGCCAGUUAAUCAAAUAUUCCAGUUAACUAAGAGUUACACUUACAAUGGAAUACCAAUUUUCAAAGAAUUAGAAUACAAUAAAAUGGAUAAAGUAUAGAAUAGUAGACACGUAUUCAUCAAUCCAGUAGUAGUACUGCACUGCAAAGUGGUUGGUUUCUUGAAGCACUUAGGUGUAUGCAGGUAAAAUUUUCCAUACAGUAGGUUAUCUUAUAACACUACAUAUCACUAAGGGCAGCAGAGGGCGUACACCCAGAUCACUAAAAAUACAUUGAACACUAAAACUAUACUGAACAUAAUUUCAUCUUUGAUGAUUCAGAAGACACUUCAGGAUCUUGCAGUGCUUCAGGGUCAUCAUAAUCAACAUCAAUUAUCGUAAAUGUAGAAGAUGUAAGAGAUUAGGCUAAAUCUGUAAUGACCCUAUGACACUCUGGAAGCUGCUUUUUUUUUAAUACAUCUCUGAUAUCACCUUGCUUACUUGUCUUCUGCCUCUUUUGCAUAAAAGUAGAGUGCAGAAUGUGCAAUUGCAUAACCUUCUGGGCAAUAUACUAGUCCCGGUUACUAGAUUGAAGAUUUUGUAUUGGGACAGAUCAGAAAUGCCGGUUAAUAGAGCUUUCCAGUAUGAUAAAGUGCCAGAUAACACAGUUUUUUCUGUAAUUGAUAAUGAAAUAAUAAAAAAAUAUACAAAAAGCA